AGUAAAUAAUGGAAGCAACCGCCCACCGAACCCUCUGAAUGUUCAGCAAUUAGCUGCUUUGAAACGCUCUGGUCUCCGGAUAAGCUAUAUUCAAAGAGGAUGAGGACAGCCCUUCAAAUUAGCCGAUUUGGGCUCUCCCGAUUUUUCACCAAACAUAUAGCUUCAGUGUAGAGCCCACCUCGGAAAGCCAGAAGCAGCGCGCUGCGCUUCGAGCCUUCUCUACCCUCUCAAACGGUCACUUUAUCAACUUUUGGGCUAGCAGUUACACCUGGUCCUGGUGAUUCGUUAAGCUUGGAUUGCACUGGUUGGGGACACAAACGUCAGCAUGAGUUCAUGUUUGAUAAGUCCAUGGCUGCUUGGAGUGCACGGGCUAUGGAGUUAGAAGCAAGAAGAGACCGUUUCAAUGGGUUGCUACUUGCUAGAGUACAUCUACAUUCAUUAAAUUCUUAAACUGAGAUAAAUCGAUACAUUCAUAUCGGAACCCAGAUGCCGCUUGAUUCAAUACAUUGGAUAUUACACCACGAUUUAUCUCAAUCAGCAUGCGAAUCAGUACUCAGGUUUUCCACAUUGAAGUAACCCUUUAAAAAAUGGCAGAAAAGAAGCUCCCACCAAUCCAUAGCCGUUCAAGUUUGCUCAUUCUCCGGCCACUGUGACUAAGUCAUUUAAGAGAGAGAGAGAGAGUGACGUGUCUUAUAAGAGGUUGGAUUCUCUUCUUGAACAGCAUCCAUGAGGAGUGGAGAACUUAUAAGAGGUUGGAUUCUCCUACCAGGAAGAACAAUUGAGAUAGCAGUUCAUUGACUUCAGUCAUAUGUCGCUGGUUGAAGAUACAAGUCCAAUUGUAGUUCUUGGACAGACAUUAUUGGCUACAAUUUCUGAGAUCACAGCCUCAGUUGUAUGUGUUGAGAUAGAACAGGAGAACUUCAUGGAAGUUGGAUGCUAUCUCGAUCGAACUUCUCCAGCAAUAAUUGAGUUGCAGUUUAGUGAGAAUAAACCACUAAAUGCAAUUGAGAUUCUACAAACUCUAACUAAAAGCAUCAAUCAUGCCAAGGAUCUCAUGGAAAAAUGUCGUACCAAAGGCCAUUCAAUUCUAGAUGCAGAAGUCAAAAGCAUAAUAGAACAACUGGAGGGAGUGAUAAAAGACAUAGGUGAGGGGUUGAGCUUAAUACCAUCUUCAAUGUUCAAAGAGCAGGAAUAUGCAGAAGUUGCAAUCAGGUCUCUUUCACAGGAGAUGCAAAAUGUUCACUUUAAAGUUAGUCCAACUGAAGCAUCAGAUACCAAAGAUGCAGUACAGGUCCAGUCUCUUUCAGAGGAGAUUCAAAAUGUUAAGUUUGAAAACAGUCAGACUGAAGUACCAGAGACUAAAGAGACAAUACAUGUCCAGCCUCUGAAACAGUUACCAGAGGAAGAACACACAGCAAUAGAAACAGAUCUUUAUUCCAUCAAUGCCGAGUUUUUCACUGAUGAUCUCCAGUCAAUAGAUAUGCUACAUCUCACCGGCUCCCCUAAAGGCAUGAAAUUCAUUGAUCAAGUGAGCCUUAGAAACAGUAGUAACCAGUAUUUGAAAACAUUGCCACAGGUGGCUGAGUACAUUGAGCCUCUAUAUGAAGCUUUCAUAUGUCCACUCACACAGAAAAUCAUGGAUGAUCCAGUCACCAUUGAAAAUGGAGUGACCUAUGAGAGGAGGGCUAUAACAGAGUGGUUCAAGAAGUUUGAAGAUAGUUCAGGUGUAAUCUGCCCAACCACAGGGAAAAAACUAUCAACUAGAGAUUUAAACACCAAUGUAGCUUUAAAGACCACAAUAGAAGAGUGGAAGGAAAGAAAUGAAGCAGCAAGGAUAAAAGUUGCCCGGGCAGCUUUGUCAUUAGCCAGCUCAGACAAUAUGAUCCUUGAGGCACUAAAGGACUUGCAAGAUCUCUGCCAACAGAAGAAACAAAAUAAAGUACAGGCACGUAACAUGGGAAUGUUAUCAUUACUUGCUCAUAUUCUGGAGUAUAAAGACAGGAAGGUUAGGUGUGCAACACUGGACACAUUACGGUUACUAGUCAAGGAAGAUGAUGAGGGCAAGGAUAUCAUUGAACAGACAAAGGCAAUUCCAACAACAAUCAAAAUGUUGUCAAGUAACUACCUUCCAGAGAAACAUGCAUCUUUGCUGUUCUUGCUUGAGCUUUCUAGGUGCAAAUCACUUUGUGAGAAGAUUGGAUCAGUUACUGGGUGCAUUCUGAUGCUGAUCACAAUGAAAUACAACUAUUCUUAUGAUCCCUUUGCUGCUGAGAAAGCUGAUGAAAUCCUACAGAAUUUGGAAACAUCUUCAAAAAAUGUUAUGUGCAUGGCAGAGAAUGGCCUUUUGGAACCACUUCUACACCAUCUUAUUGAAGGUACAGAAGAGAUGCAAAUGGAAAUGGCAAGGUGCCUUGGAGAAAUUGUUCUUGCACGGCAGAUCAGAACACAUGUGGCUGAGAGAGCUUCUCCACCUCUGAUUAAGAUGGUGCACAGUGGAAACUCCCUAACAAGGAAGGCAGCAUUAAAAGCUCUAGUUCAGAUCUCAUCCUACAGCCCUAACAGAAGAAUACUUGUGAAUGCUGGUACGGUGCCAAUCAUGAUUGAAGAGAUUUUCAAAAGGACAAUCGACAAUGAGCCCAUGGAUGCUAAGGAAGAAUCUGUUGCAAUCCUUGCAAAUAUACUUGAGUCUGAUCAAGCUCCAGAAGACCUCCAAGUAAGCACCCAAGGUCGCACAAUGGCAUCAGACCAUGUUGUGUACAAAAUCAUCCAGAUGUUGAAGAGUUCAUCCCAAGAUGAAGUCAAAUUCAACCUCAUUAGGAUCCUCCUCUGCCUCACAAAUGCCCCUAAAGCAACAGUGACCAUUGUUUCUGUUGUCAAAGAGACUGAAGUCAGCUACAACCUGAUAGAAUUGAUCAAUUCUCCACAUGAGAAACUUGGAAUUGCAUCAAUUAAACUCCUCAUAACACUUUCACCCUACAUAGGGCACACACUUUCUGAAAGGCUCUGCAAGACUAGAGGUCAACCAGAGAGCCUAAUCAAGAAGCCAACUGAAAUAAACCAAAUCACUGAAAAACAUGCAGUUUCAGCCAACUUCCUAGCUAGGCUUCCCCGCCAAAACCUAACACUCAAUCUAGCCCUCCUCCACAAGAACACAGUCCCUACAAUCCUUGAAACAAUAAAUGAAAUCCAAAUAACUGGAUCAAGAGCAAGUAGGUUUGCUAUUUCAUACCUAGAAGGCCUAGUAGGCAUUCUUGUCAGAUUCACAACUACACUAUACGAAUCUCAAGUGCUACUACUAGCAAAAAGCCAUAACCUCGCAUCAGUUUUCACAGAACUACUCAUAAGAACAGAAAGUGAUGAAAUUCAGAAACUAUCAGCAAUUGGGUUAGAGAACCUUUCGUCAGAAUCCAUAAAUCUAUCAAGACCACCACAACUUAAAAAAUCCAACUCCAAGAUAACCAGGCUUCUGUCAUUUCAUUCAUCAAAGGAGCGGAGUACACAAAUCUGCCCAGUUCACAGAGGAGCUUGUUCUUCACAGACCACCUUUUGCUUGCUUGAUAACAAGGCUGUGGAAAGGCUGUUGGCUUGUUUGGACCAUGAAAAUGUUGAGGUGGUUGAGGCUGCGCUCUCGGCUCUAUGUACCUUGUUGGAUGACAAGGUCGAUGUGGACAAGAGUGUGAGUUUGUUGAAUGAAAUGAAUCUCAUCCAGCAUCUCUUGAAUGUUAUGGGGGAGCAUAGAAAGGAGAGUGUGCAACAAAAAUCAUUCUGGCUGGUUGAGAGGUUCUUGGUGAGAGAUGGAGGCAGAUCUGUUUCUGUUUUAUCACAGGACAGGUUCUUGCCUUCUAUAUUGGUAAGUGCUUUCCAUGGCGGAGAUGUAAACACAAGGCAGAUGGCUGAGAAGAUUUUGAGGCAUUUGAAUAAGAUGCCAAACUUCUCAACACCCAAAUUCUAAAUAUGUUUUCAGAUUUACUGGUUACAGUGCAAGAACCAAGAUCAAAAUAUGCAACAAUGCUCUGACUUUGUUAGUAGAAUUUGAACAAAAUUCCAUCAAUACAAGUGGGACGUAUUGCCUGCUUGACUAAAGAAUGAGCUAGUGUUAAAGAUCCUGAGUGCAGCUAUGUAAUAUUGUAAUGUAACUUUGGAUUAAGUGCCACCUCCAAUAGCUCUCUAAGGCUAAUAACUUCUGCA